CAGACCUCAUAACCUCAGUUUGUUUUGAUUGUACACGUGCCUAAACCGACGUUUUCAAGCGAAUUGUGUGCAGUAAAAUGGAAGAAAAUACCAAACCGCCUAAAAACGAGGCAGUAAAGGAAGUGCUAAGACAGCGAAAAAAGCAAUCGAAACAAGUUUUAAAAGAGAAACGAGCCCGCUUGAUGGUGAAAAACCUGCCGUUUAAAGCGACAGAAGAGAAUCUGAAAGAACACUUUGAAAAAUACGGCGAAAUUAAAAGUGUCAAACUGUUAAGAAAACCAGAUGGAAAGUUGGUUGGUUGCGGGUUUGUGCAGUUUGCUUUUGUGCAAAAAGCGGCCAAAGCCAAACAUUAUACCAACCACCAACCGUUUUUGGGGAGAAAUAUACUCGUUGAUUUUGCUUUGUCGAAAGAUAAGUUUAAGAAGCAAAAAUUGAAAAAAGAAAAGGAAGUUAAAACUGAGAUAAAACAAGAGGAUGUGGAAAUAAAAGAAGCAGAAGAAAUUAAAGAAAAAAUUGACAUAGAUGAAGAUACAAAGCCUCUGGAUCUGGAUUCAGAAAAUGAAAGUAACAGCGAAGAUGAAAAUUUAGACGAUGAUGAUGAUAUUAAAGAAGAAAAUGAUGACGUUGAAGAAAUAAAACCUAAAGUGAUUUCAAAUGAUGUCAAUGAAGGAAAAACAGUAUUCAUUAAAAAUGUUCCAUUUGCUGCCACAAAUGAAGAUGUUAAAUUGUGCAUGAGUCAAUAUGGUCCGAUUUAUUAUGCUUUGGUUGUUAUGGAUAAAAUUACUGAACAUUCUAAGGGUACUGCUUUUGUAAAAUUUAGGAACAAAGAGGAUGCUGAAAAGGCUUUGCAAGCUGGAACAGAAUUAACUUUAAUGGGAAAUACUUUGGAUUGUCAUCCAGCAUUGCAAAGAGGAGAGGUAGAGCAAAAAUUGACAGAUAAAAAAGAGAAAAAAAGUGAACCCAAGGAUUCAAGAAACUUAUAUUUAGUUAAAGAAGGAGUUAUCUUGGCUGGUACAAAAGCCGCACAAGGCGUAUCAGCAAGCGACAUGGCAAAAAGGCUUCAGCUAGAACAGUACAAAACCCAAAUGUUACGAAAUUUGAAUAUGUUCGUAUCGAAGGAAAGAAUAGUAAUUCACAAUUUACCCGCCACGUGGGACGACAAAAAGCUAAAAAUAUUAGUCGAAAAAUAUGCCGGUCAAGGCGCCGUAUUCAGAGAAGUGCGGACAAUGAGAGAUAUGAAAAAUGUGGACGCUAAAGGCGUGGGUGCAUCGAAAGAGUUCGGGUUCGUAACUUUCACAAAACACGAACACGCCCUGAACGUUUUAAGAGCCCUAAACAACAACCCGAACAUAUUUUCGCCGACCAAAAGACCCAUCGUUGCGUUCUCCAUCGAAAAUAGGGUCAUGGUCAAUGCGAGACAAAAACGAAUGGAAAAAUCCAGGCAAAAGAAUCCCAAGCACAAGGAUUACAACCCGGAGCUGAAUAAAAUCGAAGAUGAGAGCAAAAAGAGGAAAUUUGAAGUCGAGGAAAAUCUGCAGGAGUUUUCUGGGGUGCCGGCGAAACCGGGGCCGCAAAAGAUGCGGUCGAGGUACAAGUUAUCGACGCAAGCCAAGUUGCAUCACGAGAACCUGAAGAAGGAAAAGAAGAAAAAGAAGUUCGCCAAGAAAUCCCUCAGCGAGAAGAAGCAGGAAUUCACGAAACAACCCAGGCAAAAAAUAAACCAAAAGAAAGGCAACGAUCGCGAUGACUUUUCCAAGUUGGUUAGUGAUUACAAGAACAGGUUAACUAGUGGUCCUUUUCCUACAAAGGCCAAAUGGUAUGAGUGAGAUAAAAUUGUUUAGCUUGU